ACGACGGGAGAGGAAGAACCUCAGAGGCCUUUUUUUGGGCUGCCUUAUCACUGGUCACACACAACCCCUCACCAUGAACGGUGUCGCAGCUGCCCUCCUUGUGUGGAUCCUGAGUACUCCGAGCAGCAGUAGCCAUGGCCAAGAAAAACGUUGGCCCACACACACGGCCUGCAGCAGUGGGGGCUUGGAAGUAGUCUACCAGAGCUGUGAUCCCUUUCAGGAUUUUGGCCUGUCCAUUGACCAGUGCUCCAAACAGAUCCAACCGAAUCUCAACAUUAGAUUUGGCAUCAUUCUGAGACAGGACAUCAGAAAGCUGUUUCUGGACAUAGCUCUUACGGCAAAAGGCUCUUCUAUUCUGAAUUACUCCUAUCCCCUCUGUGAGGAGGACCAGCCCAAGUUCUCUUUCUGUGGAAGGAGGAAAGGAGAACAGAUAUACUAUGCCGGCCCUGUCAAUAACCCUGGACUUGAUGUUCCACAGGGAGAAUACCAGCUCUUGCUGGAGUUGUACAAUGAAAACCGUGCUACUGUGGCUUGUGCCAAUGCCACCGUCACCUGCUCCUGAGCAUGGCUUGCAAGAAAAUGCACAGGAAACUCAGCCUCAGGGGACCCCCUGGACUCAGCUACCUGCAAGGACCACUGAUGACAAAGAGAGAGGCUUUACAAAGAAAUUUCUCAUGGGUCACUCUGUUGAUCUUAGCUCCAAAGACAGAUGUAGCUCCCAGACCCAACAGAUAUAAUAAAGCCUCCAAAACUAUCUAUUUCUAAGUAGUCUUGAAUCCCCAUUUGUAACAGCACUCCUUAUUUAAUUAUAUCUCAUCAAUGUUACUUCCUUGACUAGGACUACUUCCUAGGAACACUUCCUUGAAGUUGCCUGGGAUAUAAAAAAAUGAAAUAAAAUAAAAUAAUAAAAUAAAAGCUGCCCUGUACCUA